AGGCCCCGGGAUCAGGACCCGCAGCGCCUCCCGACAGCCUCUGCCCCUUCUCGGCCGAAACACGAUUUCCUGGAAUAAUGCCUCAAUAGUGUUGAACAAGAAUAAUGGAGGAUUUAAAGAAGAGAUUUGAAUUCCAGAAUUCGGUGAUCCAGUCACAGGCUGUGGGGUAUUUGGUCGCUGCUGUAUUAAAAGAAAAAGAAGCGUCAUCGCUGAUAAACUAUUCAUCCACUCAGAGUCCUGCACUGAGCUUGUUGUGGGACAAGUGCUGCAGUGAUGAUGUAGUUGUCCGGACGGGUUGCUGCGAGGCACUGGUCGCUCUCGUUACACAGAACCAUGCUGACUUUAAUUACGUAAUGAAUGGGAUUUUGAACCUAAUUCCUUCUGCCAGAAACAUCCAAGGGUUGAUAAAGAGUAUUAGUAAAUUGCUGCAGAUGCAGGCACUGGGAUCUGAACAAAUGGAAGAAGUGCCAUAUUUGUGUCCCUACACAAUCAGGAAUCCUCCACACCCUUACAUUGUUGUGUUGGAGAACAGGCCUGACAGCUGGCCUCUUUUGCUUCAGCAGAUAUCUGCUAUUUUUCAGCAACCUUCAGAGAGGCUCAGGGCAUCUGUUGUGCUUGUGGUGGCCCCGUUCCUCAAUUAUUUGUACUGUGAGCCUUUGUGCCUGCGAGAGAACUCUGAGCUUCGCCUGAGUCUCCUCAAGGUCCUGCUUCAGUUCCGAUGUGGAGAAGAGAAGGAAGAGCCCAGUCUGGUGGAGCAGCAGGUACUCCGUCUCCUCUUCAACCUGGUUCCGCACCUGCAGAUAAAUAAUUUGGCACAAGUUACAGAAGCUGCUAUAUUUCUCAGAGAACUAUCACUCACUUUCCUCCGCCAUGCUUCCUUUUGGAAAUCUGAAUUGUCCCAGCUCUCUCUGCAACUGUUGUGUGUCUGUGAGGUUAGCCUGAACAUCGCAGGAGAGUUAUCCUCCCUGGUUUUACAAAUUCAGAUGAUUGCCACAAAACUCCCUGAGAGUAUUCCUGCUGAAGAGAUGCUUGUUGGACUGAGUUUAUUGCUGCUACAGACUCCAAUGUGUCAGCAAGCGCCCAUUUUGAAUCUCGCGCUGAAGAUCCUGUCUCCACCGUGUAUGCAAGAGUUGCCCACAGAGGCUCUGAUCCUCCUGAUGCCUUUGCUGCAGAUAGUGUCGUCAGCAGUGGUCAUGGACUGCAUAUAUGACUCGGAGGUUACAGCAGACAAUCACAAUCUUGCUGUGAAAAUCCUUGACCUGAUACGCAGUCUAGACGUGAAAGAGUGCACACGCAGGCAGAAGCCUUGCUGCGAACUUGUGUUUCCUAUAACUGGUUGGUACAUAACUCUCUUCGGGACCUGGAGAAUCCUGGAUGGUUUCAAUACAGAUAUUGAAGCUGUAUCUGACUGGCUAGCUUCUAUCAAAUCAAUGCUGCCUUUAAAUGACAAAGUUCCUGAAUACAUUACUCUCCUGCUCUCCUACAUAAUUGCAAAAGAAGAUGGAGAGUGCCUACACAGAGCUUUGGAGACGACUACGGAAUUAGCUAAUGCUGAUUCCUCUCAGGUACCGCAUCUCAUCUCUGUUUUGAUGUUUAAAUUGGGACAACCACUGCAAGCUACCCUGUAUCAGGCUAUCCUUUAUACCCUUCCCUCGCUUGGUACACACAAGGUUUGUGUUGCUCAGAUACUCCGUGCCUUACAAAUGCUCUGGAGCACAGCUAAACUGAAAGCCAUAUCUUUGCGCCUGAUGACAAUCUUAUGGGAGAAACAGGAUCGUGUUUAUCCAGAGCUGCAGAAGUUUAUGGCAUUACUUGAUGUGCCAUCGAUGUCGCUUGCUAAAGAAGAUCAGUGGGAGCAGAUGAUUGCCAAAGCAGCAUGUAUCAGGGACAUAUGCAAAAAGAGAUCUUACCAGCAUGGAGCAGACAUGCUAGCUGCAAUCUCCAAGGUGCUGAACGAAUGUACAAGAGCAGACCAGGCUACUCCUGCAGUACUCGUACUGCAAGGGCUCCAUGCUCUCUGUCAAACUGAGGUCGUGGACAUCCGGUCUACAUGGUAUGCUCUGUCACCAAAACUCUGUUGUGACACUCGGCCUUUAGUUGUAAAAGCCUUGACUGAGCUGUUUGCCCUGGUUCCUGCCCUGAAUGUAAAAUCCGUCGAAUAUGAGAAAUUCAGAGCACAAGUUGUGAGCAUAUUGUGGACUCAUACCCAAAGUAAGAACUCGCUCAUCGCCAGUUCUGCAUACAAGGCUCUUUCUGCAUUCAGCACUGAGGAGUUCACAGUUCUUCACCUACCAGAACAGAUCAGGCCAGAGAUGAAGCAGGACAAUGAGGAGGAGGAGGAUGAAGAUGGUGAGACUGAAUUGAAUACAGAGGAAGAGGAGGAGGAGGAUCUUUCAAUCCCUGGUUCAUCUUACAUCAAACUGCUUUUAAUGAGCUCACCUCCUGUAUUCUGUGCUUUGGAAGAGUUUUUCUCAUCCCUUGUGAACCAAGAAUUAUCUACGAUGCCCCGUGGGGUGUAUCAUUCAGCGCUCCGGGGAGGAGCUGUGCGCUCUGACCAGGGGAAGACUGUAUCAGGCAUUCCCAGCUUCAUGCUUAAGACUUAUGAGAAGAAUAAACAACCUGGACUGAAGUCUGGCCUAGCAGCUGGCUUGUUGCUUUGUUAUGAUCUUCAUAUCCAGACGGACAGGGACGGCAAGCCGAUCAAUCGGUUCCUUGUUAGUAGGGGCCGUAGUUACCAACAGAUGCUGGCAGCACUUAUCCAUGAGGUGCCUAUCCAGCCGUCUGAGUGGCAUAAAUCCAUUUUGCUCCCACAGGCAUGGCUGGGAUUCAUGACUAGAACAUACCAGGCAGUUUUACAGGGGAGACAGGCUGAGCUGGAGAUGCAACAGAAGCAUGGCAAGGAUGAUCCUGAGGAAUUGCAGUACAAACAAUUUAUAUCUUGGCUCUGGGUUCGGGACCUGCUUACAGAUGUGGUCAAAUCAGCAUCAAAGGACAGUCCUGUGGUACAGGGUAAUUCCAUCCUAGCUUUGACUGGACUAGCUGUAACAGUGGCCAAGUACGAAAGUAGCUUGCCAGCCGAAUCGGAUGACGUGCCUGAAAUUGGAUGUGAGAUUUUACUCACCCAGCAUUGGAUUUCUAUGGUGGUGGAGACAUUGUUGAGCAUCGUGGACAAUCGCUAUCGUCCAAAGGGCCGGAUCUUCCCCUGGUUCCAACACAGGUCGUACUCUGGUGAGAACAAGGCCAGUGCCAUCGCUCGUUCCUGUGCCACCACCGCCCUGACUCUGCUGGUGCCGGUCCUGAUCACGUCGCGCAGAGAGAGCAUCGAGGAGGUCCUGAGCAUCCUGACCUCAGGGUUACCGGGGAAGCCAAGCGCCGACGAGUCUCAGGCAGUUCAGUUCCACACGGGGCUGGCCACGGGAAUGUUCCUAUCACGCCUGUACGAGGAGAGAGUCAGUGACGUCUCAGGGCAGAAGAUGAACCUGCUGCUCAUGAAGUCCCUUGAUGCUCUGGAGAAAUGCUGCUUUGACACAAGCUUGGAAUAUAAUACAGGAGCCAUCCUGGGAGUGGGGCUGGUUAUAUCCCUCAUGAGUCACAGCAGCCAAACGGAGUCCCGUGUGCAUGUCUCUAUCACCCUCGACAAACUCUGUAACCGUUUGGAUGAGAGUGCGACUGAGAGCAGGACGCUGCAAGAGGUACUGGCCUAUUCAGUGGCCUGUGUGACUGUCUCUGCUUUCAAUGCUGGUAUCAAACAAGCCAAUGAGGUCGAAGAGAUCAUGAACAAGCUGCGAUCUCUGACCGAGCAAAACCAACAGACUUCAGGAUUUGCUUUGGCUCUGGGAACAAUAGUUCAUGGGCUGGCAGUCUGUGGCCAUGGCAAAGCUGAAGACCUCAACAACCGACUACUUUCUGCUUGGCUGAAGAUUCUCCUGGCUGAGGGUUGCCCCACAAUGCACCGAUUAGCUGCGGUAAAUGGUUUGGUGUCUUUGGUGGGAUCUGAGAGCUCCCUGAUACAGCUGAAGUCAGACACCAUCCAGUCCUCCCAGUUUCAGUCUAAGCUGAAUGAAGUUAUCCGAGCAAUAACUCAGACUAUUAGCUUUUCUGGAGUAAUUGGGCUCCAAUCCAAUGCUGCAUACUCUUUGGGACAUCUGCAUCUAACCAACAUGUCCUUCAGUCAGAGCAGGACAUCAGUGCCUCCAGAUUUUGGCUAUCUGCCAGAGAAUAGCUUCAUCAGGUGUGCUGUCAAUUACAUCAUUGAUGCAGGAAAAAGAGGGCCUGAGUCCUUCCCUCCCCAGAUGAUGAAGGUUUUGUUAGGGCCCAUUGCAGCUUGUGGGAACAGUUAUCAAUAUCCUCCUGUUAACUGGGCAGCCAUUCUCUCUCCCCUUAUGAGGCUAAAUUUCGGUGAAGGUAUUCAGCGAGGCUGUACUGAGAUAGCUGUGACCCAGGCACAGACGUCCCAAAGUGCUGCAAUGUUCUUGGGAAUGUGGCUGGCACCACCACUAGUACACAGCCUUAAUUUGGAGAUGAGAAAAUACCUCAGCACCUCUGUGGCCUCUUGGAUGAAACCUGUGCCAGAGGAUAAGCUUCAGACUUUUGUGGAAGUCCUUGCCGUCCAGCAUUUUACCGCAGGGAACAGAGAGAAGAGUCCACAUCUUUGCCAGUCUAUACUGCGAGGACUCACCGAAGCCAUGAAGGUUCCUAAUCCUGCACAGAACAUCUGGGGAAUACUGAGCAGGACUGCGGAGAGGAUCUUUGAAAUGCUGCCCAACCAAAUCCAGAUAAAUGAGCUGAACCUUUAUAUUGAAAUUUCCAAAUGCCUUUCAGAGCUCGGUGAUGAUGAAAUAGACAGAAUCACCCAAGUUACCAAGGACACUAUUGUGAAGACAGCCUUUGUCAGGGCAGAGCUAGUUUCCCAGGGUCGAGUUCCUCUGCUAUGCUUCAAUGACAUUAUUGCUACUACAGUGGGACAUAGCCAGCGAGGGAUCAUCUGCUGGAUUAUGUUGCAAAGCUUUUACCAGUGUCGACUGAUCAGCCAUCAAAACACAGGUGUAAUGAAGCGCAUGGAGUGGUUAUUGGAACUUAUGGGACAUAUCCGAAACGUUGCUUAUGGAUCGACUCCAGUACAAAGUGAAGAUGUUAAUGCGACCGUAGACUUCCUGCUGAACAUAUUUGCAGCUGCUGUAACUGCAUGGAGUGACCACGCUACACCCCUGUUACUUGGAGUCAGAGCCAGUUCGUUGCCAUGGAGUGAAGAGGAAAGGUUUGAUGGUAAAUCACAAUGCUUCGGCAGCAGCUCACUCAACCUGCUGUGUGUACAGCAAUGUCUGAGACUUUUACCAUGUACCAUUCUCCUCUUACUCACAAAGGAGCCGUGGAAAAGUCACACCCAAAAGUUCAUCGACUGGCUCUUCAACAUGGUAGAAAGCCCAAAAGAAGCUGUACCAGUGGUCACACUGAAUACUCUUAAAGCUACUCUGCUGGCAUUACGAUUCUUGCCUGAAUUUAAGAAGAAGGCCACCUGGACUCGAGCAUAUGGCUGGUAGCUUCCAAGUUGUUGAUGAAAUGGAAGCCUUUCUUUGGCAGCGAGUUAGAAUUUCCUAUGAACCGACAGAAUGGGAACUUGAUGAUGCACUCUGGUGGCUGAAAGCUCAACGCGUUCAUCUUGAAACCAAGCUAUUUCCUGGCACUGAUGCAAAGCUAGCUCGAGAACUUGCAUAUUGAUCAGCUGGCAUUUGUACUGCAGCAUGUGUCAACAAGACCUCAUUUACCUGUUUGAGAAACAAAUUGUUUCAAGCCACGCAUGGUAUUAUUAACAAUAUCAAUAUAAAUUCUCUGUUCUUUGGAAUUGUAGCCAGAGGAUAAUGAAAUAAACAUGAAAACUGACCCAGCUAUUCCACGUUUGAUGCUCCACAAUUACUCAAUACAAUUAUGGAUUAAAAUAUCUUUGCACUCUG